AUGGGAGAGGCCUUGCAGGAGUGCCGAGGGGCCGUCCUGCUGCCCAGGAACUGCUGCCACCCCCGGGGAGCUGCCAGCAGCCAUGCUGAGCUGGCUGGCUGCACCAUGACCCUCACCACCACCACCGGGCCAGCCACCAGCGUGGCCCAGGCUUUCUUUUGCCUCCUGCUCUGCAUCCCCUGGGGCAGCUCCUGCCCCCCCAGCUGCCAGUGCACCGAGCGGGCAGGAGCGAAGGCUGUCCUCUGCAGCUCCCAGCACCUGGAAGAGAUCCCCAAGGACAUCCCCAGGGAUGUGGUGUUCCUCAAGCUGGAUGCCAACAGCAUCACCAGGAUCCCCAGCAACGCUUUCAGGCACCUCUCGCACCUGCAGGAAAUCGACCUCUCCAGGAAUGCCAUCGAGAAGAUCGACAGGGCAGCUUUCAAAGGGGUGGCGGCUGGGCUGCGGAGCCUCGACCUCUCCAGCAACCGCAUCCGCAGCAUUCCCAAGGAGGCCCUGCUGGCACUCAACGCCAAGCUCCGGCUGGCCAACAACCCUUGGCACUGCGAGUGUGCCUUGCAGGAGGUGCUGUGGGAGGCACGGCUGGACCUCGACUCCGUGCAGGACAUCACCUGCCACACGGCCCCGCGGCAGGAGUACGUGGGCAAGCCGCUGCUCCAGGUCCUGGACGCCGGCGUCAACUUCUGCAGCGUGCGCCAGAGGACCAUGGACGUGGCCAUGUUCAUCACCAUGUUCGGCUGGUUCGCCAUGGUCAUCGUCUACGUCAUCUGCUACGUCCGCCACAACCGGGAGGACUCCUGCAGGCACCGGGACUACUGGAGGUCGCUGCCCAGAGCCCAGCCCCAGGCAGACACUGCCAGCACUGCCCUGUAG